GAGAGAGCAGCAAAGUCUGGAAUUCCUUGUCAUCUACUGGUUGUGCAUGCAAUCGUCUGGGUGAAACAUGGACAGGGGGGAGGAGGGGGACAGAGAGGGAGAGAAAAAGAGGGGAGGGAAAGAGGAAGCAGCAGAGGAACCAGUCAACCAGCCUGCUAGUCAAUUAGCCAGUGCCAGCAGGAGGGAGACAGCCACCCACCCAUCUGCGAAGGAGUUAAUCGCCUGGUGUUGUAAUGAAUUAAAUAAAAGAGUUUCCGCCGCAUGUGCCGGAGAGAGGGAGGGGAGGGGAGAAAGAGAUAGCCAGAGGGAGAGAGGUAGGGGAGGGGAGAAAGAGAGAGCCAGAGGGAGGGAGAGACUGACAAAGCGGUAUGAGGAUCCUCUGCACCUGACGGAGGGAAGGGACAGCCUGGUGUGACUGGAGAGGAGAGAGGACAAGAGAGGAGAACAGGUGCUCUGCAGCAACAACCCAACUACUGGAGCUUUAAGGUCAGUGCUAGUCGUAGCCCGCGUCACUCCCAGUCCACCCAGUCUGGGCUAGCUGAGCAGGCUGCUAAACUGUCCUUUGCCUCGGCUGAGUCUCUGGCUGAGACCAUGUCUGAGGCUGACAUCCCCCUGGGGUUCAGCCGAACCAACCGCUUCCGCCAGAGUCUGCCCCUGUCCCGCUCAGCCAGCCAGAACAAGCUGCGCUCCCCAGGCGUGCUGUUCCUGCAGUUUGGGGAUGAGACUCGGCGGGUGCACAUCACCCACGAGCUGAGCAGCCUGGACACGCUGCACGCCCUCAUCGUGCACAUGUUCCCCCAGAAGCUGACGGCAGGGAUGCUCAAAUCCUCCAACACGGCCAUCCUGAUCAAGGACGAGGCGCGCAACGUCUUCUACGAGCUGGAGGACAUCCGGGACAUCCAGGACCGCAGCAUCAUCAAGAUCUACCGCAAGGAGCCCAUCUACGCCUCCUACCCCGCCACACACCUGGUCAACGGGGACCUGAGGGUGAGACAGGAAGGGAGGGAUCUGGUGUACACGUCCCGAGAGUCCUCCCCCACCCGCCGCCUCAACACCCUGCCAUCCUCCUCCGCCUCGCCCCCCUCCGGCUCCCCAGCCCGCUCCCGUCUGUCCUACAGUGGGGGUCGGCCUCCCUCCUUCGCCGGGCCGGGCAGUCACCCCCAGCUCCAACAACACUCCCAGCACCAGCAGCACCCACAGCAGCACCAGCCCCAGCACUCCCACCACCCAGGAGCCGGCUCCCACCACGGGGGCCACAACACCGGCCUGUCCUCCUCCCCUAGCGCCAUCCUGGAGCGCCGUGACGUCAAGCCCGACGAGGAGGUUUCUGGGAAGAACCUUAUGCUGGUAAAGGAGGGGCUGUACGCCGACCCCUACAGCCUGGUACACGAGGGCCGCCUCAGCAUCGCCUCCACACAGUCGCUGGCCGCCAUCGGAGACCCCUUUGGCUUCCCCGUGUCCGGUGGGCUGUACCGCCACGGCUCUGUGCGCUCCCUCAGCACCUACUCUGCUGCCGCCCUGCAGGGGGAGCUGGAGGACGCCCUGUACAAGCCUGGAGGUCCCCUCUACUCCGACUCCUACUCCUCAGCCACACUGGGUAUGGGCUUCCGCAUGCCCCCCUCCUCCCCACAGAAGAUCCCUGAUAUGCAGCUGAGGGACAGGGGGGACUCGUACUCUAGCUCCCCCAGCCGAGCCUCCCCGGUUAGGCAGAACUUCCGCAAGGACUCAGCCCCCUCUUCCGUGUUUGUGGAGAGCCCCAAGUCCAGGCCCAGCUCCAGCUCUGACCCUCUGGCCCUGCAGGCCGGGCCGGGAGGGGACGGGAGCAGGUUUGCGCCCGGAUACAGCUCCCCACUCCAUGGAGAGACUUCUGAGUCCAGGGACCGCGCGGACCGUCUGGACCGUAUGGAGGCCAUGGAGAAACAGAUAGCCAGUCUGACAGGCCUGGUUCAGAGUGUACUGACCAAAGCACCCGACAGUGACACCACAUGCGGCCUACUGCGUCUCUGCAUGAUGGCGGGCUGCCCUCCGGACCAGGGCUCGGAGUUCUCACGGCCCUUCCCUUUCUCUUCCAGCGAGAAGACCGAAUCCAACAGCGACGGCUCCGCCACUGGAACUGGGCGGCUGAAGCGGAAAGCUCUGACGCCGUCGGCCCCGCUGGCUCUGAUGCCCCCCCCUCCCACCGGAGACAGCCAGGUCACCACCGUCACCCGGCUGCAGAUGCAGCUUCACCUCCACGACCUGCAGCAGAACGCCACCGACCUGCGCAAACAACUCUCCCAGCUCCGCAAGAUGCAGCUCCAGAACCAGGACAGUGUGAAGACGCUGCUGAAAAGAACGGAGAAGGAGCUGAAAGUGCGUGUGAGUGACGCUCUGAGGAAGCAGGAGGACCCUCUGCAGCGACAGCGCCUCCUGGUGGAAGAGGAGAGACUCAAGUACCUCAACGAGGAGGAGUUUAUCAUCCAGCAGCUCCAUGACCUGGAGAAGUCAGUGGAGGAUAUCCAGAAGGGUUCGUCUGUCAAUCACAAACUGGUGACGGUUCAGGAGCUGGAGGAGAAGGCCUCACUUCUGAGGAAACUAGGAGAGACACUCACGGAGCUCAAGAACCAGUUCCCCAGUCUGCAGAGUAAGAUGCGGGUGGUGUUGAGGGUGGAGGUGGAAGCCGUCAAGUUCCUGAAGGAGGAGCCACACAGACUGGACGCCCUGCUGAAACGCUGCAAGAGCGUCACUGACACACUGACCACUAUGCGCAGGCAAGUGAACGAGGGUGUAUGGAAGAAGCAGGAGGACUUCCCCAAGCACAGCAGUGAGGACUUCUGUAAGAGUUCUGACUUUGACAAGCCCACCAGCCCCCCUCUCAACCUCAGUGACCUGAGGGGCGGCAGCAGCCUGUCUAACUGGAGCCCCCACUCCAGCCACAGUCACGGUCAUGGACACAGCCACCCCUCCUCUGGCCCUCACAGGGACACUCAUCCCCCUGUGCCUCACAAGGGCCGGGCCCUGGAAGAGCUGGCCAACCGCGCUGCCGCUGAUAAGGCUGUGUCUGUGGAGGUUCGACUGGCAGCAGAGCGGGACUGGGAGGAGAAACGGGCCAGUCUGACCCAGUACAGUGCUCAAGACAUCAACCGUCUGCUGGAGGAGACCCAGGCUGAGCUGAUGAAGGCCAUCCCAGACCUGGACUUUGCCGCCAAGCAGAUCAACAAGCCCUCCUCCAACACACCCUCCCAGUCUCAGAUCACCCAGAGUGGGGGAGGGACCCCAGAUCACCGCCCUACCAAGCCCCAGCACGCCACACACAAGCUCUCGGGGAAGGAACCUGGCUCCAGACGUGGUUCUGAUGCAGAGCAGUUGACAGUGACUCGCUAUCGUACAGAGAAGCCCUCGAAGUCGCCCCCUCCCCCACCACCUCGACGCAGCUUCCCAUCAUCCCCGGCUGGACUGAUCACCCGCAGCGGAGAGACCCUUAUCCCCGGCAAGAGCAUGAAGUCGGAGGCGGAGGAGGCAGAAGCACAGAAGCCCCAUGUGAAGCUGCGACGGACGGUGUCUGAAAACCCGCGUCCUGCGUCCACCCCUCCCACCAUCGCCUCUGGAGACAAGGAGGAGGGAGAGGAGGACAAGAUCGCUGCUGAACUGGAGCUGUUUCAGAGAGCCCCCAUCAGGCUCAGCCACCCCCCUCCCCUGUCCCUGUCCAUUUCCCCCCGCAGCAGGACCAGCGUGCCCCCCUCCAGCCUCGACCUAUGGCCCCCAGGGGCCCUGUGCACCAAGCUGUCUAGAGCAUCGUUGGACUGCUCUGGCCUACAGUGGAAGCAGGGCAGCUCAGAAUGCAUACUGGCAUCACACUCACAGGCACAGAGCACAGCCCUUCCUGGUCCGUCCUUCUCUCCUGUCCCCCGGAUCGUGCCGACAGAGUGCGUGUCAGUUUCACCCUCUCCCUCAGAAGGCUUUGUCAGAGACUUGACACAGGACCAUCAGAUGUCCCCAACAGUGAACCCGUCCCAGAGCCAGACUGCUCCUCCCCAGACAUCCCCCAAGAUCCAGGAGGUCUCUAAGGGGAAGGAUCCCGUCAGCCAGCCCCAGAGGAAGCUCUCUCGGCGGGGGGAGCUGAGAAUCCUGGAGUCCUUUGAGAAGGAGGAAGAGAGGGAGGAGAGAGAAGAGCUGUCCUUGGUGCUGACUGAGCUGGGGGUGAUGGUGAUGUCACCCUCGGAGGCUCAGAAGCUCAGCAGGACCUGGGGAGAGGCUCUACAGACACUCACCAUCCCACCUCAGCCUUCAGAGGGAAGCACUGAAAUACGUCUGUGUGGGGCUCCACUACUGGUAUUCUUCAGAGAGAUUGUGACGGUCAGAGAGGCCUACAGGAAGCUGCAGUUACUGCUGGGCAGGGAGGAGGACACAGGGUCAUCCAAUGUGGUCCCCAAGCCUAGAGCAGGAUCUUCUCACAGCAGCCUGAGCAGUAGCCCCAGUACCCUGGGCUCCAGGAUAACUCUCUCCCCUGAGCAGCAGGACUCUCUGAGAGAGGUUCUGAGGAGAGGGGUGGAGACAGGGGCCAGGAACCUGACACUCCCUCACAACACUGGAAUAAAGAGCAUUCUUGCCACCCUUCCGGAGCCCAGUCAGGACUCUGCAGAAGCAGCAGUGAAACCCAAUGGGUCUGCAGGUUGUGAGGAGAGCCAGGCCAGGGAAGAACAGGGGCCGAACCCCUGGAAGCAGGGAGAGGACAUUAGGAGCAGCACCUACAGGAGGCUGGACAGCCUGGAUGAAACCAUCCGCGAGCUGGAGAACACCCUGCUGGAGCUCAGUGGCCACCCCACCACAGUGCACCUCUCCCCUGCCACUGACACUGCCUUGUCAGAGGCUCCAGACCCAGCCCAGAUGCCUGGCACCAGCACCCCAGAGACCAAGAAGCCCCCAGUCCCACCCAAGCCCAAACCCUCCUACACUCCUGCCACGAUGACCAAGGGAGGCAACAGCUCUUCAGCUGUGGGUAAAGUCCACUCCUCGGCUGCCUCCAGACUGAAGCACCUGCAGCAGAGCGGCACAGAGAAGACCAAAACUGGCAAGAGGGAAGACUUCCUCAAGGGCCAGCAGCAGGCCCAUGGGAACAGCAGCAGCAGUAUUGAGCCCCUCCUGUCAGGCACCAAAGCUGCCAGUUUCUCCGGCCGCCUGUCCUCCUCCAGUUCGGCCUCGACUGUGUUCGCCCCGGGUCUGAGGAAGUAUCCCCAGGAGGGGGCGCUGUCUUCCCUGACAGCCUCCUCCAGCCAGGCCAAAGCCCUGCUGGCCAGCCUGUCAGCCUCCAGCCUGAGCGCCGAGGCCCUGCUCCUCUCCUCCACCUUCCGCCAACACCGCCUCCUCCGCGAGCAGCAGCGCGCCUCCUCCCUGCCCCUGCCCAACGGCCGCUCCUCCAACUCCACCACCACCUCAACCACCCCCUCCUCUUCCUCCACCUCCCCCACCUCCACCACCUCCUCCUCACCCUCCUCCCCGACCGCCCUGACCUCCCUCAACCUCUCCUCCGUGGGGCUCAAGCCCAGCGGCCGCAGCCUGCAGCACUCCGGCUCCAACAGCUACAAGGAUCGUGGCAGCAAGACCCUGCUCAAGCCUGUCUCCCCUAGCAACUCACAGUGAAGUACAAGAGGAUGGAUGGGAGGAGGAGGAAGAGGAGGAGCACAAUCAAAGCACCAUCACAUGCCAAAAAUGAAGAGGAAAACAAGCACACUAGCCCUGCCCUCAAUGCCAAGAGUUAUAUGCAGCAACACAUAUCAGUGGGGAGUUCCCCAGAGUUGACUUUCUGAGUGUCACUUUGCUGCCCUUGGUCUCAGUCCAGCAGCCAGAAUCUUCACAUAUCUAUAAUUAUACAGUACAAGAGUUGAUGGUGGUUCCUCUCUGGCUCUCCCACUCAGUAGCACUGACUGUUCCCAAGACCCCCAGAGAACGAGCUCAAAGAUGGGCCUCGGCCUCCUUUCCCUCCCACUGCCUAGUCUGGUCUGGUCCGGUCUGAUCUGGUCUGGGUGGACAGAAAAACAGUGCCAGUACUUUAUGAACUCUCAGUUUUGUCAUCACACCAUUUGCCAAAUCUUACUGGAUGGGAACCUAAGUGGAGUAGAUGUGAUAUCUAGACUGUGACUUAUAUUAUACAGAGUAGAGUUGCAAUAAUCAACGAGUACAGUACAGUAGUCGUGUGUGUUCAGAGCUAUAGCAGUCGUAUUCCAGCACCUGGCACAAUGUGAAUCUGUAGAGAAAAACAAAGCUAAACCAAGGUGGUGGUUUCCAUUCUGAGACCGUUUUCUGUUUGUUCGCUUCUUUAUUUCAGACUUAUUGCAUCGCCUGUGUAGAAGUCGAAACUGGUGCUAUAGUUCUCCCUGUUUUGUAAAGAGUUUACAUGAAUGAAACGGCUCCCAUUCAAUGUGACUGUACAUUCCACUGUGUAUCUAAUGCUACAUCCCUGGAGUGGCUUAAGACUGCUUCUCUCCGGCGUCUGAUUCCGUUCUUACCCUCGUUCUCUAUGGCCCCACUAUUAACGCAACAGUUUGGCAAUGGAAGAAAAGGCCAGGGAGCUGCUUUUGUUGAGGUCCUCUGGUUUGAGAGUCUGCACACAAUUGUAUCGCCCACAAUAGCACGUUAUAGGAACAGUAAUGUGAUAUUACAGUAGAUCAGUUAUUUAACGACUGAGCUGGUACAUGAAGAAGGGGGGGAAAAAAAGAAAAAACACAAAUAUAUUUAAACAGUGAAAUUGAUCGUUAAGGAAUGUAGAAUGUGUAGACAUGAAUGUUGUAUGACAAUCAGGACGUAUCCACAGUGGACGGGUUUUGCCUUGGACUGGCGUUCCCUGCUGCAGUGAUUACACUCUUAGCUCAACACACACUCACGUGACCAUACAGCAGUUAGAUGCACGCACGGUCUCCGACACGCCGGUGAGACGGAGAUCCACCAAACUGUUUAUGAAAAGCACAGUCUCCAGUUGUUUUGAGUCAGAACUGUUGACUAGAUUGCCCAUUUCUUUAUUUCAUGACUGUGGAACCACUGGUCAUGAAUUAACCCACACCGGUUUGAUAAUGCAGUCCUUUAGGUAGUAAUCGAUUUGAACGGUUAAAAGGAACAGAAUGUUCGAGAGAGAGAGAAACAAGGGCCACUGUUGAAAGGACCAGAGAUGUGGACCAGCUGAUUGUUGUCUAGCUGAUUAUUUACAAGACAUGUUGCACAAUGACUUUCAUUUUGGCCUGUGUGUAUUUUCACCAUUUGCUCUAGAUAAAACACGCAAUGAGUUUAUCUGGACCUCCCCCGACACAGAACCGGGCUUAGCCCAAAGCUGUUGGUAAGGUUGCCACUGGAAUUGGCUGCAUUUGUUAUGGAGAAUAAUUUGGUUCAUGUACGACGGCACCUUAAACCGGAGUGCUUUACGCAGAUCACUCCAUUCCUCACAGCUGACUUAUAAAGAGCUUGGAAGUGUUCUAAGGAUAGAAGCACACUUUCAUCAAAGACGUGUCGAUGGUUUCCCUGCUGUUUAAUCUUACGCCAGCAAACACUCUGAAGCUCUCUUUCUUCUGUGAUGCGUCACCAAGGCGACCUAGGGGCUUAUGGCCGUGUGUAGCCCGAGUUCAUUCUUCAAUUGUUCGGUAGACAAGUUCGUGAAAUCUAAUUUUUUUUUUCGUGGCAUUGAGAUGAAAACAAUUGCUUGUGAAAGAGGCCGGUGUCAAGUGCAGAGAGCUUGAGGUGGGGAGGUUUUCAUGUUUGAAGGCUAUAGUGUAAUAACAAAGUGCUUAUCUACUGAGUUCAUUUGGUGUAAAAGGGUUAGACGGGUUCAUCUGGAUGUCACUGUUUGACACCCUUUUGAAUUUAAGAAGGCUAUUAUUUUUUGCAACUUGCUUUCUGUGCUGUCCUUUGGGGGAGAUGUGUCUAUGAAUCAAACCCUUCGUGGAAGAGGUUCCCAAUGGACCUGUAUGUCUGACUGCCAUGGUGCUGUUAUAAUUGCACAAAAUGAUCGACGCCGCAAUUUCCCCAUGAGAGCACAGAGUGGAACGAUCUGCUGGAACCCUCUGGAACUUUGGUUUCAUUGGAGACCCACCAAAGAUACUGUUCAUCAGUUGCUCCGACAACACAUUGCUGUAAAGAUUCGAACAAAGGGGUACAUAUUGGCACGCGCACACGCACACACGCACACACACACACACAGCAUAGUGUGUCAGAAUGUGGCCGUGGCAUUGCAAUAAGCACACCCUCUGUUCUGUCAGCGAGAAAACGGCAAGCUCACGGCACAGCGAGUUAAUUAAGCCUCACACUGGCUGCACUGUAGCAAUGCAGGCCUCUAGCCCUAGGUUCUAUAAAGUGAAGCCAAAUGAAAGAUAUGUACUUACUCGUUCAGCUCCACACUCAAAUCCAUAACUCCCAGCACUGCUUUUGCGUCUGGCAGGGUGAUGGGGAGGAAGGGAGGGAGGUAUUCACACUUCACUGCUUUUACACAGGAAAGUCCAAGAUGAGAACACCAAGACUGCGGGACAGUGCUUUUUUGAGUCACCAUAGCACUAGUGUUAUUGGACAGUAGAUUUCAAUAUAGCUGAAUCUUGGAGGGGUUUAUUGGUAGUGGGGAUGAGGAAGGGAGGGUGGAGAGUGUGGAGACACUCGUAGUGAAAGCCCCUGGCAAUCAGAGAGAGAGUUCAUUGCAAACUUGAGAUGAAAAUGAAAAAUAAUAAGUAUAUGAAUAUAUCUUUGUGAAGAUGUUUGUCUAUGAUAUUAAUAUAAUUGUGAAGAAAGUGUGACACAUAGGUCUGGAUUAAAUUAUUAUAAUGUACAAUUUAAAUCAUCCUCUUUUGGGGAUUUAUAUGAGUAGGCAUUUUGUACAGACUUUCCUUUUCAAUUCUUCGAGAGAGAUAAUGUAUUUCACAUUAGCAAAUUAUUUAUUCAUAAGCAGAACAUUUUUAUAUUGAUUUGAAAAUAUUUAUCUGUAUAGAAGACAGGACAGGUAUGUAAUAUACAGUGGAGCUCAUUUUUAAUUCUGGGAUCUUUUUUUAGCACUAUUUUUAACAGUUGUGUGAGUUUCCUCUUUUGUUGGCCUGCUGGCCCAUACUACUGGUAUGUUUAGGGAGAGGUGGCCCCUGAGCUGGUCCAGUACAACGUCUGCUCCCAGGCCUCCACUAGCUAACAUUCAUUUUGAGGUAAGGGGAGCUGUUCCUAGACCUGUUCUUAGAGGUGUGCCUUUUCUUUGAAACUUCUGUUGGUUUACUUAGUCCUCUUCUAGUCUCUGUCCUAGUCUUUGUAUUACAUAGCGCUCCUUAUGCCUGACUGAUGUGUUCUUCACCCUUGGCUGAUUCCAGUGAUGUUCGAGAAAAGUCUGGUGGGAGUCAGCGAGAGAGAGAUGAGAGACAACACUGUGAAGUGGGCGUUUAUAUGAUGAUGCAACAUGACCUUGCUGCUCUGAUUGGUUGCAUUGAUCUACCGUGAAAGGACUGUUCACAAGAGAGGGGUUGUCUGUUCCUCCUGAAGGCAUCCCACUAAAAUGAAUAGCCCAUUCUAGAAACUCCUCUACUGGUGGUACGAUAGGAUGGUAAUUACAUCUGUAUGGCCCAAAGAUAUUAACGGAGAGGGAUCUCAGCAUUGAACAAGUGAUUUAGGAUUCGAUGACAAACCAAGAGCCCGUAACGCGGAUAGAUAUGGAGCGUUAGCUUUUUCUUCUUCAGCAUCAUAAUCUUUGUCUAUUGAGACGUGUUUGGUUCUGUUUUGAAUAAAUGAAAGAGACAUAUGUGCAUUAUUUGACCUGCUGUCUGUGGUGUGUGCAGUACUGUAUGAGGUUCUGACAUGAAUGUGUGGAUGUUCCAAUAUCUUGGCAUCGAGAAGAGAACAAGACAAAACGAUAUGUAAAUAGACGGAGUAAUUCCUAGAAAGUGCAACAAAAUAUUAUGUCCAAAAUAAUGAUUUAUUAAUUCAAAGAUGGACACAAAGGUAUAUUAUAAAACAAUGCAUGGAAUAUUGUCAAGCAAUCGCACGGUGCAGUUGUUGUCUACAUGUUUUCUUAAAAAACAGAGCGAGAUGGAAGUGGUACACCUCUUUUUCUAAGGUUUACAACGGUAGAGAGCCAGACCUUUUUUUUAAUUUUUUUUUUUUAACUUUGGAUCUUUCUGUGACACAGGCGAUGAUGUUCAGUCUUACUGUGUUCAGUGAUGCAACGGUGAUGAUGGCUAAGAGUGAGGAGUGUUCCCAACCAUCCAGAGAACGAUCCGGAACGCUUCAACGCACCUUCACCAGAAAACACCACCAAUUGUGAUCUCCCACUUGUAGAGUAGUGUGACAUAAUGAACAAUACAAAAAAUAAUAAUAGAUCUAUAUAAAUACCUACUGAUACUGGACAUUCACAUUUAUCAGUGUGGAUGCCAUGAUAUUCUGUGAGAAAUGUGAUUUUUUUGUUUCCUUUCUGUGAGAAGACCGGCAGUUGAACCUGCUUCCUUUUGUACAUACUUGCUGUGGUUGUGUGUCUAAUAAAGUGCAGCUCUCUUGUA